AUGACGAUUAUGGAUAGUAUGAGUGAACCGGAACUUGAUUCUGAUGGAAAGAUUUUCCAUCAAAAUCCAAAUCGUAUAUUACGUGUUGCACGGGGUUCCGGUACUUCUGUUAGAGAAGUAGAAGAACUCUUAGUACAACAUAAAGGAUUUCAAGGAAUGGUUAAGAAAUUUGGUGGUAAUAAAGGUUUACUUAAAGGAAUGGGUCCAGGAAUGGAUGGAAAAAUGUCUCCGCAACAAAUGCAACAAAAAAUGGCUCAAAUGCAAAGGAUGCUUCCACGUGGUAUGCCGGAUUUAAGUCAAAUGCAGGCUAUGAUGAAACAAAUGGGUCUUGGUGGUAUGCCAAAUAUGGGAAAUCGACGAUAA